AUGAAGAUAAACAUACACCUUGUCUUUAUUGUUCUCUUUAUGUUUAAUGGCUUCUCAAUCGCUAACUAUAAACAUAAAAAGCCACUUCCUGUAAUUAUUGAUGUAGAUGGCGACUUUGAUGAUUUUCUUGCGAUUCUUUACGCGCUUAAAUCUAAGGAGGAACUUGAUGUACGUGGAAUUACUUACCAAGGUGACGGGUGGUCGAAUGCAGCUUCGGCCCAGAAUAUUGUUGAUAUUGCGGAUGAUAUCUAUCCCGGAAAAAAUCUUCCAGUUAUACUUGGCGCUGAUUAUUCCCUGUACGAAUCCGACAAAAACCCAAGUACAUUAGGUACACCAGGCUGCACUUAUCAAAAAGCGGCCCCAGAGGGUGCUGGUGGAAAACGAGAUCAAGAUUUGCUAAUGGGUUUGAAUCGACAACUUAGGUUAUCAAAACGGAUAUGGUAUGACGUUAUGAAAGGUUUUAAUAUAACUAAGGACUUUGCUGAUCUCAUUGAUUCUACGAUUAAUCAAACCGGUAAAAACCCCACAAUUAUAUUGACUGGUCCAGCUACCAAUAUUGUUACUCUUUUACGCGCUUAUCCAAUUUAUUCUGAAAAAAUUGACAAAGUUUUUUGGAUGGGUGGUGCUUUAAAUGUUUCUGGAAAUUUAUUUAGUAUACCAAAUAAUACUCGCGCUGAAUUUAAUGUUUUUUUUGAUUGUGUUGCCGCUCGAGAAUUGCUUGAUUUCAACUUGGAUAUUACUUUAAUACCAUUAGAUUUUACAAGUAAAAUUCCACUUAAUUCUGCUUUUUUUGAUAAACUUUCAAAACUCAAAAGUUUUUAUGGUAGGUUUGUAUGUAAAUUCUUAUCUUUGGUUCGUGCAACUUGGUUUGGUGGGGACGCUACAUUCUUUGCUCGCUAUUAUCUUUGGGAUCCUACAGCAAUUGCUGUUGUUAAAAAUAUUGGUGUUGCAAAAAUUGUAUCAAAUCGUUCAUUGAAUGUUACUUGUGAUGGGAAUUUAAAUCAUGAUGGACAGUUUGUAAGAUCUAAUGUCCUUACAAAAUCAAAUUUUAAAGUUGCAACUGACCCCAUUGUUAGUAAUCCAAUUGAAAAUUCUCCAUUCUUUCAAGAUUUUCUUAAAGUAAUUGACUAUGAUUAA